CUCAGAGAUGGACCGGUUCUGACAGGAUGUAGGGCUGCCGCGUGCCCGAUGGGAUCUGCGCAGCCAUGGCGUCCGAGCUCGGCAAGACCAUCUCGGUGGCAAGGCUGGAGAAGCACAAGAACUUGUUCUUGAACUACAGGAAUCUCGACCACUUCCCGCUGGAGUUACUCAAAGGCGAAGGGCUCCAGUUCCUGGAGAGACUCUAUAUGAAAAGGAACUCUCUGACCACCUUGCCAGAAAACCUUGCUCAGAAGCUUCCAAACCUGGUGGAACUGUACCUUCAUUCAAAUAACAUAGUUGUGAUUCCAGAAGCCAUUGGAUCCCUUAUAAAACUCCAGUGUUUGGAUCUUAGCGACAAUGCCUUAGAAAUCGUUUGCCCAGAAAUUGGUCGUCUGAGAGCUUUGCGUCAUCUCCGGUUAGCUAAUAACCAACUGCAAUUCCUACCUCCAGAGGUUGGCGAUUUGAAGGAGCUGCAGACACUAGACAUUUCUACCAAUCGUUUGCUAGCUUUACCCGAGAGGCUUCACCUGUGCCUUUCUCUGCAGUACCUCACCGUGGACCGAAACCGGCUGUGGUGUGUGCCGCGCCACCUCUGCCAGCUGCCCAGCCUCAAUGAGCUCUCCAUGGCCGGAAACCGGCUUGCGUUUUUGCCGCUUGAUCUAGGUCGAUCGCGAGAACUGCAGUACGUGUACGUGGAUAACAACGCCCACCUGAAAGGCUUGCCGUCCUACCUGUACAACAAGGUCGUCGGGUGCAAUGGCUGUGGGGCUCCCGUCCAAGUUUCCGAGGGGAAGCUGCUGUCCUUUUCAUCCGGGCCCCUCACCGUCUUCCUCCCCGCCGAGGUGAAGGCCAUCGGGACGGAGCAGGACCACAUCCUGCCGCUGCAAGAGCUGGCCAUGCGGAGCCUGCAUCACUACUACCACCGUUUCCUCAAAGGAGGACCACUGUUAGCUUUGUGGCUUACUGCUGCUCCACCCAGUGUCUGCAGACUUUUGACCUUCUCAGUUGAUAAACACUCAAGAGCCUCAGGAGGUUUGCCAGCCCGACAGCACAGCUGCCUGCGUGUCACAACGCUGUCUGAGCGGCGGCGGGACAGGGGCGCCAGCCAGGCCACACAGGCCCUCACAUCCUGGCACGUCCGGUGAGGGGGGACCGCAGAACUCUCUGGAAGUGUUGUGAUCGAGCUUCGGAGCUGAAAGGCCUCCCCGCUUCCCCCACGUUGGAAUAUAUCCUGCCCCCAAAUUAAGGAC